GCAAGCUCAGCGCGGCGGCGGCUGCGGGGGGAGGGCGGGCGCCCCGGCAGAGGGCGCGCGGCCGCCCUCUGCCCCUCCAGGGUCAGGCACCCCCUCCCCCGCGCCCUGGCCGGACGGCCGGGCUAUUUUUACGCGUGGACACCGGACACCAGCCUGGGGCGGCGGCGGCGGCGGCGGCGGCCGAGGCGGGGCCGGGCCGGGUCGGGCGUCGGGGCCACACGUCCGUCCGCGGGUCGCCGGGGCUGCGCGCGCCAUGGAGCCGCGGUGCCCGCCGCCGUGCGGCUGCUGCGAGCGGCUGGUGCUCAACGUGGCCGGGCUGCGCUUCGAGACGCGGGCGCGGACGCUGGGCCGCUUCCCGGACACGCUGCUAGGCGACCCGGCGCGCCGGGGCCGCUUCUACGACUGCGCGCGCCGCGAGUACUUCUUUGACCGGCACCGGCCCAGCUUCGACGCCGUGCUCUACUACUACCAGUCCGGCGGGCGGCUGCGGCGGCCGGCGCACGUGCCGCUCGACGUCUUCCUGGAGGAGGUGGCCUUUUACGGGCUGGGCGCGGCGGCGCUGGCGCGCCUGCGCGAGGACGAGGGCUGCCCCUUGCCGCCCGAGCGCCCCCUGCCCCGCAGCGCCUUCGCGCGGCAGCUCUGGCUGCUCUUCGAGUUCCCCGAGAGUUCGCAGGCCGCGCGCGUGCUCGCCGUCGUCUCCGUGCUCGUCAUCCUCGUCUCCAUCGUCGUCUUCUGCCUCGAGACGCUGCCCGACUUCCGCAACGACCGCGACAACCCGGGGCUCGCUGCGGUGGCGGCUGCGGGCCCGUUCCCUGCUCGGCUGAAUGGCUCCAGCCCAGUGCCUGGAACCCUGUCUCGCAUGCCCUUCGAUGACCCGUUCUUUAUGGUGGAGACGUUGUGCAUCUGUUGGUUCUCCUUUGAGCUACUGGUGCGCCUGGCGACCUGCCCAAGCAAGGCGGCCUUUUUCAAGAACGUGAUGAACCUCAUCGAUUUUGUGGCCAUCCUCCCCUACUUUGUGGCGCUAGGCACCGAGCUAGCCAGGCAACGGGGCGUGGGCCAGCCGGCCAUGUCACUGGCCAUACUACGAGUUAUCCGACUGGUGCGCGUCUUCCGAAUCUUCAAGCUGUCCCGGCACUCAAAGGGCCUGCAGAUCUUGGGCCAGACACUACGGGCCUCCAUGCGUGAGCUGGGUCUCCUCAUCUUCUUCCUCUUCAUCGGUGUGGUUCUCUUCUCCAGCGCGGUCUACUUUGCGGAGGCCGACCGGGAAGAUUCCCAUUUCACCAGCAUCCCUGAGUCCUUUUGGUGGGCGGUGGUCACCAUGACCACAGUCGGCUAUGGAGACAUGGCACCCGUCACUGUGGGUGGCAAGAUAGUGGGCUCUCUGUGCGCCAUCGCUGGUGUGCUGACCAUUUCCCUGCCUGUGCCGGUCAUUGUCUCCAACUUCAGCUACUUUUACCACCGGGAGACAGAGGGCGAAGAGGCCGGAAUGUACAGCCAUGUGGACACGCAGCCCUGUGGCCCACUGGAGGGCAAGGUCAAUGGGGGGUUGGUGGACGGAGAGAUGCCUGAGCUACCACCUCCACUCUGGGCCCCCCCUGGGAAACACAUGGUCACCGAAGUGUGAGGGACUGUGGAGGUCAGCAGGACCUCAUGUUUCCUUG